AUGACUUGUGCUGAAAGUGAUGCCACUUUGUUACGGAAGUCCUUAAAGGUGGAAGCUAGUACUAAGUAUCCAGAUAAUUGCCACAGAAUACAGACAGAAGAUGCAAGUGCUGAAUUUUAUAAAGGUCUAGAUAGUGAGAGUAAUUUAAAUAGAGGAUUUAUGACAGCUGCUGGAAAGAAUAUUACUGUAUCAGCUACUUCUCUGGACAGAGCAAAGAGUAUGCUGUCAGACAUUUCUGUGAUGAAUGAGGAUGAUUGCAAGAACAUUAUUGUGCAAGUGAGGAGAAGAGAUUUGAAAGAUUCUCCCAUAUAUGAGGAAAAGAACAAAUGCAAUGUGUUUAACAAGCAAUAUAUUAAGAAAGUGCUGGCAGAGCAUAAGGAAGAAGGGAAAAGAGGAAGAAAAGUCUCACUAAUGGUUCGCAAUUUGUCUGAGUCUUUGAAUAAAUUGACUGUACCAGAAACUGUGGGACAGACUGAUCUCAGAGCAGAGAAAUGCUCAGAAGAUAUUUCUGCAGUGCCAGUGCAGGCAGUCAAGAGUUAUUUCAGUUGUGGGUUUCAGACUGCUGCCAGUAAACCUCUUGAAAUAUCUCUUGCAUCCCUCAACGAAGCAGAGGAAAUGUUUGAUGAUGUAAUGGAUACUGUUGCUGAGGGACAUAAUCACACUGCUGUGGCACAGAGAAAAAGGGAGAAUGAACUGUUCAAGAAAUCUCGGCGAAAUGCAGAAACUAUUUUACCAUUGGUUGAGAGGAAUAUUAGUGUGCAUGAUGAAUCUGUGAAAACAUUGGACACUAUGUAUGUGACAGAAAGAAAACUGGGAACAAAUGCAUCACCUGAAAAAACUGAUACAUUCAGUUUUGCUGCUGCUAGUGGUAGAGAUGUUGAAAUUUCACAAAUUUCAUCACAAAAAGUAAAGAACACAUUGGAAGCACCAAGUAAUUUUGUUCCUAAGGAAGCAAAUAGAAUCACCACAGAUGAUAUGUGUUCUUCAAAGAAAAUUUGUGUAACAUUUUCGGAUAAAGUGGAAAAGGCAUUAUUAAAUGAGACAAUAUUAAUCGAGCAAACAUCCAACAUAGAAUCUGAAAAGGAAAUUAAAACUUUUGACAAUAAAGAAAGUUUUGUCCAGUGCAAAAGACUGAACAUGUGUAGUGGUUUUUUUACAGCUGGUGGUAAAAAGGUGGAUGUUUCUGAUGAAAGUCUAAUGAAAGUCCGAAAUCUGUUUUCUGAUAUAACAGAAAAGGUCGAAGAAACUACUUUUACUGUAGGGAAUAUGGAGGAAAGAGAAACAGUUGGUGAGUCCGCUUCUAAGGGACAAGAUGUAAUCUUCCAUGGAAAAGUGCAAAACUUAUCACAAGGCAAGGAUAUGGAAAUAAAGAAAAUAUAUGAGACUAAAUCUAAAAAUGAAGUUCAAAUUCUUGACAAAAAAGAAAGCUCUGUGGAUUACAAAAGUCUGUAUAUAUGUGGUGGUUUUCUAACAGCUGGUGGUAAAAAGGUGGAUGUUACAGAAGAAAGUCUCAAAAGAGUCAGAACUCUUUUUUCUGAUAUAAUAGAAGAUGUUGAAGAAACGACAUUGACUGUGGAGAAUUUGAAGGGAAAAGAAGCAAUUGAGAUGUACACUUAUAAAGGAAGGGAUCAUGUAUCCUCUGGGAAAGUGAGAAAAUCAUCACAAGAGAGGGAUAUGAAAAUCACGAAAAUAUCUGGCACUGAAUCUGGAAAUGAAGUUCAAAUUCUUGACAAGGAAAAAAAUCCUGUAAAUUUCAAAAAACUUAGUAUGUGUGGUGGUUUCAGUACUGCCAGUGGAAAAAAAAUUAAUGUUUCAGAAGAAAGUUUGGCAAGAGUCUCGAAUGUUUUUUCUGAUAUAACAGAAAAUGAAAAUAAUACUUUUACAGUAGGGAAUAUGAAGGUGAAAGAAGCACAUGAAGUGUAUUCUUCCAAGAAGAAAGAUAUAUCUGUUGAGAAAGGGCAAAAGUUGUCACUGAACAAGAAUGUAACAACCAGGAAAAUAUCUGACAGAGAAUUUGAAAAUGAAGUGAAGCUGCUUGACAGAAAAGAAAGUUAUGUAAAUUGUGAAAGAUUGAAUAUGUUUGGUGGUUUUCUUACAGCUGGUGGUAAAAAGGUGGGUGUUUCAGAAGAAAGUUUGGUGAGAGUCAAGAAUCUGUUUUCUGAUAUAACAGACAAUAUUGAAGAAACUAAAUUGACUUUAAUGAAUGUGAAGGAAAAAGAAGCUACUGAGGUGUGCUGUGUCAAGAAGAAACAUGUAAUAUCCCCUGAGAAAGUGAAAAACUCAUCAUUGGAGAAGAAUACAGGACCUAGGAAAAUAUCUGAUGCAGAAUUUGAAAAUGAAGUGAAUCUGCUUGACACAGAAGAGAGUUCUACCAAUUGCAAAAGACUAAAUAUAUGUGGUGGUUUUGUUACAGCUGGUGGUAAAAAGGUGAGUGUUUCAGAAGAAAGUUUGGUGAGAGUAAAGAAUCUGUUUUCUGAUAUAACAGAGAAUGUUCAAGAAACUGCAUUGACAUUAGUAGAUGUGAAGGGAAAAGAAGCAACUGAGAAAUACAGUGUCAAGAAGAAAGAUGCAGUAUGCCUUGAGAAAGUGAAAAACUCAUCACCAGACAAGUGUAUUGGAACUAGGAAAAAAUCUGAAACAGAAUUUGAAAAUGAAGUGAAUCUACUUAACAAGGAAGAGAAUUCUGUCAACUGCAAAAGACUAAAUACAUGUAGUGGUUUUGUUACAGCUGGUGGUAAAAAGGUGGAGAUUUCGGAAGAAAGUCUGGUAAGAGUCAGAAAUCUGUUUUCUGAGUUAACAGAUAAUGCCUUAGAGAAUACACUGACUGCAGAGCAUGUGAAAGGAAAAGAAACAACUGGAAAUCAGUCUCUUAAGAAAAAAGAUGUAUUAUCACAUGAGAUAGUGAAAAAACGACUAUCAGACAGAACUACGGGAAGCAAGAAAAUAUCUGAUUCAGAAUCUGAAAAUGAAGUAAGGCUGUUCGAUAAGAAACAAAGUGUUAUAGGUAAUGAAAGGAUGAAAAUGUAUGGUGGUUUCGUCACAGGUUGUGGUAAAAAAGUGGAGGUCUCUGAAGAGAGUUUGAUGAAAGUAAGAACUCUUUUUGCUGACAUAACAGAUAAUGAGGAAAAUUCAUCUGUGGUUUCAAGGAAUGUAGACAGUUCCCCACAAUGUAUGAAAAAAGCAUGUAUUACAAACUCCGAUUGUCUCCAGAAUGAAUUUGUAGGUAUGGAAACUCAUCUUCAGACAGCGUAUCGGAAGCCUACUGCUACUAGCUCCAAAGAGACAGUAAUGUCAGUAUUAGAUAGAAAAAACUAUGUUUCUGGCACAUCUACUUCAAACAAGCCACAUGGUAAUGCUCUUGCAGAAAAUAUGUUGCAGCACAAUGUGAAGGUUAAUGUAGCUACUAAACUGAGAAUCCAAAAGCAUGAAACCACUUUGACACAGGAAGUUUCAGAAAGUACAGCAGCCCUUCUUCUAGAUGAUGAUUUUAAGAAAGAAUUAGAAGAAUCAGAUUCCUCAUGUUUCUCUGUGUUAACAGAAAGAAGCUGCUCUCCAGAUUUGUCUGUUACUAUGGGAAGUACCACCAGUAUGGACAGAGAGCCAGGGAGUCCAGUUAUUGGGUCAAGGAACAAAUGCAACCGAUCAAAUAAAGUGCUUGUACGCAAGAACACUUCAGCAAAGAGAGCUGAAAGUGUUACAGCAUCAGUGAAGAAGGUAUGUGACCAAUCACAAUCUGAAGAUAAGAAGAAUAAUAUACCACCAUACAUACCGGAGAUAAAUGGUAGACAGAAGAGAUGCAACUCUAUUAAAGAUAACGAGAUGCACAAAAAACAUUGCAAGUCUAAUACAAAUCUGAAUGAAACUGCUGGUCUUGAAAAUGACAGAGAACCAGCCGCUGCGAAGAUCAAAGCGUCUAUCGUCCCAUCACCAGGAAGUUGGUUGCAGCUAAGAAUGACAUGCCCGAAACGGUGUGUUAAGUGGAGAGACUUUUCUGGUGGCAAUGCUCCAUCCCAAUUUACAGAAUCAGAACUUCUUCAGUUUGGAGUGAAGAAAUGUGUAAUAAAUGUGACAUCCAAAACUGCUGAAUUUUUUAAAUUUUCUGCUCAUGAUUUUUACAGGGAAGAAGUCUGUCAAGCUCUUCAAGCUGCGGAUGAUACAUCUUUGGAAUUUGAUUUGGAUGGGUUUGCUGGUGUGCAAGAAGUGGAACGAGCUUUUGUAACUAGUCCUAAUGUGGACAGAUCUCUAAUACCUGCUGGAUGGAUUCAGAACCAUUAUCGCUGGAUUGUCUGGAAAUUGGCUGCAACAGAGAGGAGCUUUCCCCAUAUUUUUGCUUCAAGAUAUCUGACUCCUCGUGUGCUGCUUCUGCAACUGAAGUAUCGCUAUGACCGUGAAAUCGAUAGGUGUCAGCGAUCUGCUUUAAGGAGAAUCAUGGAGCAUGAUGAUGCGCCAGGCAAGCGUAUGGUACUUUGUGUUGCAGAUGUAAUCAAGCAUGAAGAAGCACAGGAAGAAAAUGGAAAAGAUGGAAAUAGACAGUGCUUGAAAAUGUGCAACUAUGAAUUGGAACUGACUGAUGGUUGGUACAGCAUUGGGUGCACUGUUGAUAUGGAAAUGUGUCACUUAAUAGAAGCAGGCCGUGUUGCAGUUGGUACUAAGCUAGUAACCCACAGUGCAGAGCUGGUCAACUGUGAACAGCCUUGUUCACCAUUGGAGGCAGGACCCAAUGUUAGAUUAAAAAUCCAUACAAAUUCAACAAGAAGAGCACGUUGGGAUUGCAGACUUGGGUUCUGUAGACAGCCUGGUCCUUUGCCUGUCUCUCUCAGUUCACUGAAACCUGCUGGUGGUGUCAUCAGUUGUGUUACUGCUGUAAUUGCUCGAGUCUAUCCUGUUGUAUAUAUGGAAAAGGGCCCUGAUGGAAAGGCAGAAUUUUAUUCAGCAAAGCAAGAAGCACUUCGUGCUUCAAAACGAGAGCGACAGUGGCAAGAGCAUAUAGAAAAACUAUACAGCCAGGAACGUGCACAAUUGAGUCAGAUAGAAUGGUUCAGUGCCUGCAGCCAACAGACUAAAAGCAAAGGGAAGAAUAAACAACACGUAACAACUCCUACGCGACAACAGUUAGCUGCUGCUACAAGCACUGAAGACCUUUGCCAGUUACUUUUCAACGCACCUGAUCCAGUGUCACUUCAGUCUUUGCUGACUGAGGAGCAGCAAAAUGCCGUUGCUAACUACCAGCAGAUGCGUCAGCAGCAGUUGUUACAAGAACUGGAGUCAAGAGUUCGCAAGAGAAUAGAAGAUGAAAGAAGUGUGACUUCCUCAUUAGCGCUACUGAAGGUUCGCUGUCUGGAUGCUAAAGACUGUUCUGCUAGGUCAGCAGUUCUUUCCAUUUGGCGCCCUUCAGAAGAUCUCUUAACACUGUUCCAGGAGGGAAGUGCAUUGAAGAUAUUUAGCAUCACUGCCAAUGGAUUAAGGAAUGGAGACUUGCAACUUUCUGCGUGCCGCCAGUCUCGUUAUCAGCCUCAGACUAGUCACCUUCCAGAAGAUUUCCCAGCCAGAUAUGCAACACCAUUGUCUCAGGUGUCAAGUGGCAACCUUCAUGCGACGUUUGGGGAAAUGGACUGUGUUGGAGUUGUUGUACAUGUCGCUCCUCUCUCUGGAAAUUACCAGACAGUCUACCUAGCUGAUGCAGACAUGGAUAUUGUGGGCAUUUCUUUCUGGAAUGGUCUUAAGGGUUCAGGUUGGGAGGAUAUACUUCAGCAGAAGGCUUUAGUGGCUUGUAGUAAUUUACAAAGUCGUGUGGGUGCUGCUGUUCACUGGAUACCCACAACGUAUGCCACAGAAUUUUCAAUUUUCUCGCAACAUCCUCGCCAAAAGCACCUCGUUGAAGCUCUUGACUCACUGAGAAGGAAUCUUAAUAUGGAUAUUGACAAUUUUUCAUAUACUUGUGAAGGAAUUGUUUUGUCAUUCCUAAAUGAGAAUUUUGUGACUCCAGUGAGAAAUGCAUCUCUUAAUGUGAGACAAACAAAACCUUCAACAGCAGAACUAUCACGGCUAAGUAAACCAGCUGUUACACCAGAACUGAGUGAAAAAGUUCAGCGUAGGCUGUUCAAGCUGGAACAGUAUGGCGAACCUCCCAGUCUCUCACCAUUGGCUCUGACCCCACGAAGUCGUGUGCUCAAAAAGAAUUUCCAUGUGCCUCUGAAGACUGAUCAGACAGCAGAGUUAUCUUGUGAUGAUAGUCCUCCAAUGAGCCUUGACUCCGAUGAUACUUAAGUAGUCUUUGAUUAAAAGAAUUAUGUGAUAGUGUGUUUUUUUGUAUAAGGCAGUGUUCAGUGCCAUUGCAAAAGUUCAUUUAUUUUUCAGGGACCUCACAUUGAAAAGAACAUAAUUUUUGUUAUAGUAGAAGAUAAGAUAUUGUUUUAAAGAAACAAAAUGUAAUCUUUUAUCACAGUCAUAUAACAAGCAAGUAAAUUCUUUUUCAUGCUGCUGAAAUAGUGCUACCAUAAAAUUAUGUAUAUUUCUAUAUUUCUUGGUAUCCAAGAAGAUGAGUAUGGCAGAUUGAUAUAUUAUUGUUUUAUGUAUAGUGUAAGAAGUUUAUUUUAAUAGCAUCGCUGAUGCACAGAAAAGUACAAAAAUGUAUGUACCAUUAUUUGAGAAUCACAUAGAACUUAAGAUGACUUCUUUAUGAGGGACCAUGUUGGACAAAGCUCUUCAAGCAGCUAGACAUUUUUUCUAUUCCCUUAUCAUAUAAAAGUCUGUAGCUUUUUAAAGUUCAUGGUGUGUUAACAUCUGUACGAGCUGCUGAAGUUUCAACCCAACUCUACUUAACUGUUCAAGUAAACAAACACAUUUUUGUAUGAAGGAUUUGUUAGACGCUGCUUACGGAAACACAAUGUUCCUAGUAUCAUUAUUUUUUUGUGUAGUUGUGGAUGGUGCUUCUAAUUAAGUUUUAUUGCCCUUUAUUAUAAUCAGGAAUGUAAAAAAUCUUUGUUGUAGCUGUGAAACACUAAUCCAGAGAUACUAUUGUACUGUAUUGAAUAACAUUUGUGUGAUUUUUGAAACCAGAAAACUUUUAAGUAAAGUUGAAACUGAUAGGUUUAUUGUAACUUUUAAUUAUCUGUGAUAUCUUUGCUAGUAGUGUUUUGUCUGUGUAUGUGCAGCUGCACUGAUUGUGAUUUUAAU